CCCGUAAUGCAGGCAGAUAUUAGAUAAACUAUUUCACAAUCCCUCCGGAUAAAACGUCAAAACAAAGUGCGGUUACAUCACCGGCGGUGCGCGUGCCGGGGGUCGCUCGACAUUAGCUGGCGUUACUGCGCGUUGCGUGUCACGACCAAACUUUGUUUUUCUUUUCUUUCUUUAGGAACAACAUGAACAAAAAAAUAACAAAAUUGCAAUUCGCCUGAAGAGAGUAUGUUUCAGGACAACACAAUAUUCCCAUGGGGUUAAACUAACUUAAAGUACAGAUAUGUAUGUGAAUUGCAGUUAUUGUAAUAUCAAGCUAGCUUGAUUAGUAUGCUACAUUACUAGCUUAGUGUAUGAUUUCAUCUCAUCACGAUAUUAUUAACCAGGGAGUGUAUAAGCUAAUGAAUUCAAAAGAGUGUUUCAAAAGUUUGUCAAAAAGUUUGGCGUUGAAACUUUGCUCUGAUAAUUAGCGGUCAGCUUCACAUUAUAUAUUAUUAUAUAUUAUAUAUAUAUAAGAAAUAGCUAACUGUUCAUAUUACGGUUGUCAACAGUUUCACCGGAUCCCAGUUAGUCCAAAGUGAAAAAAGGCAUUCAAACAACAAUACAGUAGCUACUGAGCAUCAACAAACUCUAUGGGUCGAGUGCUGUGUCGUAUUGUUAUCAUAGGCCUGGAGUUGGCAAAAUAAAUAUAACAUUUUUGAAUGAAGAAGAGGCAUCAAUCACAACAAACAAGCUGAACUACAGCAACAACAACAAAAACAAGAACACACUGAUAAAAAAUCAUUUAAAACUCAUUAAAUUAAUAAACAUCACAAAGGGUAAUGAGACUACAGCAUUUGCAGGACCCUUGUGGUCCGAAGCCUAUAUCAAAGCAUAGUCGUGUACAACUAUGUUUUCUAUUGGUAAGAUAUGUCAUAAAUUGGCCUGUGUACGUUCACGGUGCACCAACGUGCAGCCUCCCCUCCCUCAGCUGAGGCAGACAUCAGUCAUCUGCAUCACAUCUCAUUACUUCUCCUGCUGUCGUUGACUUCAGCGUUGUCGCCCCCUAGCGGAUGUACCGGACCCGAUCCGCCUGGAAUCUCCUCUUUCCUUUGCAGAGUGUGCAGAGUUUACCACGAAAAUACCUUUGCUGUGCAGUAAUUGUAUCCGUUAGGGUUCAGCGGUUCCGAGUGGGAGUGCGUUUAGACCAGGUUGCUGGGACAAGAAAGUCAGCCCUGGCAGUGAGGAGCUUCACAUCCAGACGUAACCGAAACAGUGGCAACCACCAGACUGCUGCUGCUGUAGAAGGAUAUGAUAUGGGAGACACUUCAUCAUAUGCCUCUGAUUAUUAAAUACAAACAGCUCUACCCUGAGUCAUGAAUAAUGCAGCAUCACAAGUCAGAGACGGGAAGGAAAGAAGAAAGAGUGAAAUGGACUAUUUGAAGAUGUAAAGGGGAGCCAGACGAGGAGGAGGGAAGACGUGGAGAAAGAGGUUGAGAGAAAGUGACUGACGGGGGAAAUUAAGUUACCUGAAGCUGUUGCCCAUGGGCAAAGGUGGAAGAGAAGUGACAGUUAAGGAGUUUGUCUGACACAGGAGGAGGGGCACCAGCCCUGGGGGGACCACCAGUUCAGUCUUCUUCCAGCAACAACAGGACAGGAUGAGGUACCAAGGCAGGGAGGUUGAUGUUGAAGGAAGAGUGCGCCUGGUGAUGGAGAGUGCCUUGACUGCGCGCGACAGGGUCGGGGUGCAGGACUUUGUCUUGCUGGAGAACCACAACAGUGAGGCAGCCUUCAUAGAGAACCUGCGGCGACGCUUCAAAGAAAACCUCAUCUAUACAUACAUUGGCUCCGUGCUGGUGUCAGUGAACCCUUACAAGGAGCUGGAGAUCUACUCCAAGCCGCAGAUGGAACGCUACAGAGGGGUCAGCUUCUACGAAAUAUCCCCUCACAUCUAUGCCGUGUCAGACAACACGUAUCGAGCGAUGCGGACCGAGAGGAAAGACCAGUGUAUUCUCAUAUCGGGUGAGAGUGGAGCAGGUAAAACGGAGACCUCCAAGAAGAUCCUCCUGUACUACGCUGUCACCUGUCCCACUAAUGAUCGCAUGGCCGCCCUUGGUGACCGCCUACUACAGUCCAACCCCGUCCUGGAGGCAUUUGGCAACGCCAAAACACUGAGGAAUGACAACUCCAGUCGCUUUGGGAAAUACAUGGAUGUCCAGUUCGACUUCAGGGGGGCACCAGUGGGUGGUCACAUCCUGAACUACCUGCUGGAGAAAUCUCGUGUAGUACACCAGAACCACGGUGAGAGGAACUUCCACAUCUUUUACCAGCUUCUGGAUGGAGGGGAUGAGGACCUGCUCAACACACUGGACCUGGAAAGAAAUCCCCAGAACUACCACUAUCUGGUCAAGGGUAACUGUCCCAGAGUCAGCUCCAUUAGUGACAAGAAUAAUUGGAAAGUUGUGAUGAAGGGCCUGUCUGUUAUUGGCUUCACUGAGGAAGAAGUGCAGAAAUUGCUGAACAUCAUCGCCGGUGUUCUCCAUCUUGGAAACACACAGCUUGGGGAAGGGGAGGAAGGAGAAACUUAUAUCACCACUGAGACCACGAUAACAAAUCUUGGGAAGCUGCUGGGUGUUGAUGACUCUGCCCUGAGGGAGGCACUCACUCACAAGAAACUCACUGCCAAAGGGGAGGAGAUGGUCAGCCCGCUCAAUUUUGAGCAGGCAAUGUCUGCGCGUGAUGCCCUGGCCAAGGCUGUGUAUGGUCGGACGUUCACUUGGCUGGUGGAGAAGAUCAACCAGUCGCUGGCUCUGAAGGAUGAAAUCUACCACAGCAGUAAGGCCUCCUCAGUUAUAGGACUUCUUGAUAUAUAUGGCUUUGAAGUCCUUCAGCACAACAGCUUUGAGCAGUUCUGCAUCAACUACUGCAACGAGAAGCUCCAGCAGCUCUUCAUUGAGCUCACCCUCAGAUCUGAGCAGGAGGAGUAUGAGACAGAAGGAAUUGCAUGGGAGACGGUGCAGUACUUUGACAACAAGAUCAUCUGUGACCUGAUAGAAGAGAAGCACAAAGGCAUCAUCUCCAUCCUGGAUGAGGAGUGUCUGAGACCUGGAGAGACUUGCGAUGUCUCCUUUUUAGAGAAGCUGGAGGACACACUGGGCGGCCAUCCCCAUUUUGUCACUCACAAAUUGGCAAAUGGAAAGACUCGCAGGGUAAUGAGUAGGGAGGAAUUCAGACUGCUGCAUUAUGCUGGAGAGGUCAACUAUAAUGUCAAUGGUUUUCUUGAAAAGAACAACGAUUUGCUGAGCAGGAACCUGAAAGAGGUCAUGUGCCAGUCAGACAACCAGAUACUGAGUCACUGCUUCCGCAGAGAGGAGGUGAUGGACCAGAAACGCCCAGAGAUGGCUGCCACGCAGUUUAAAAACAGCCUGCUGAAACUCAUGGAGAUCCUCAUGUCUAAAGAGCCCUCCUACGUGCGCUGUAUCAAACCUAACGAUGCCAAGCAGUCGGGAAGGUUCGAUGAAGUGCUGGUCCGACACCAGGUGAAGUACCUGGGCCUGAUGGAAAACCUGAGGGUCAGGAGAGCUGGCUUUGCCUAUCGCCGUCGUUUUGAAGCCUUCCUGCAGAGGUAUAAGCCCCUGUGUCCAGAGACGUGGCCCAACUGGCAUGGGAGACUAGUUGAUGGUGUGUCCACGCUGGUCAACCACCUGGGCUACAAACCCGAGGAGUACAAACUGGGCAGAUCAAAAAUCUUCAUCCGUUUCCCCAAAACUCUCUUCACUACUGAGGAUGCACUAGAAGCAAAAAAGCCAGAGAUCGCUCUGACUCUGCAGACGUCAUGGAGAGGCUACAGGGAGAGGGCCAAGUACCAACGCAUCAGGCGCGCAGUGAUAGUGAUCCAGUCUGGGUGGCGAGGGAUGAAAGCACGCAGGAGGGCUAAGAGGCGUCGACAGGCUGCUGACUUAAUCCGCAGGUUCAUAAAAGGCUUCAUCUACCGUCAUGAGGAAUACUGCCCUGAGAAUGAGUAUUUCCUGGAUCAUGUACGCUACUCCUUCCUGAAGAACCUACGUCAAAACCUGCCCAAGAGUGUUUUGGACAAAAGCUGGCCGACACCUCCUCCCUCCCUCGUUGAGGCCUCCGAGCACCUGCGGAUGCUCAACAUGAGAAACAUGGUCAUGGUGUUUUGCAGGAGGGUCCAGCCUGAAUGGAAAAAGCAGAUGGUGCAGAAAGUUGUGGCCAGUGAGAUCUUCAAAGAUCAGAAAGACAGCUACCCUCAGAGUGUUGGCAGGCUGUUUUUGGACUCCCGACUUGAACGUGAGCAUAUCAACCUUAAAGUCACCCAGACCCUCGGAAAUGACAAAGUGCAGUAUGGGGCGUCAGUCGUUAAGUAUGACAGGAGGGGUUUCAAGCCUCGACCUCGCCAGCUGCUCCUCACUAAUGCCUUUGCUGUGCUGGUGGACAGGACCAAGAUCAAGCAGAGGAUUGACUACACAGCUCUGAGAGGCAUCUCUUUGAGCUCUCACAGCGACGGGAUGUUUGUUCUGCAUAUGCCCAUUGGGGACAGCAAGCAGAAGGGCGAUGUUGUGCUGCAGUGCAACAAUGUGAUUGAAAUGGUGACAAAACUCGCCAUGAUGGCCGACAAGUACGAGUAUGUCAACAUCAGCCCGGGCAGCAUUAGGUUUGCUGUGGCUCGGGCCAAGGAGGGAAUCAUUGAUUUUGUCAGGGGCUCAGAGAUGAAGGUGGCCAAAGGCAAGCGAGGACAUCUGCUAGUGACUGUCCCUCGCACCAGCACGACAUGAAGAAACAGAAAACAGCUGCCAGGCAAACACUAAAUGGAGGAUUGCUUCUCAGAAGUUGACGUUGUUAUUUGUUGUUUGCAGCCAACAGGAUGAUACUGCAAGCAUACACACCAUACUCAACAUAAGGAAGCUACCUUAUUGACUAGUAUACAUCAUUAUUAUUACCAGAAUGUCUUCAAUGUUGUAUGAUCUUUUUUAUUAUUAUUAGAAAAUCGUAACAUGAAGUCAUAACAGUUCCAAAUGCUUUGUCUCUUUAUUGUCAGUCAUACACAAAUAUAUUUAUCUAUUAAUACAAAAAAGUAUUGUGUAAAACACUGUGUGUCUGUCCUGUAAGAGAAAUGAAAACAACCACUUUGAAAUAAAUACAAUUCAAUAAA